CGGACUGUGGACCCCGACCUCUGGACUCUGAGUAGCAAAACCUCUUCAGGUUUCCCCCGCUCUCUACGGCUGGGCUCGGUUCGGCUCAGCUCAGAUAAGUGUGUGUGUGUGUGCGGGCGCGCGCUCAGAGAUGAAGAGGAGGCUGCUGCUGGUGUCGAACUCCACGCUGCACGGUGGCGGGUAUCUGGACCACUGUCAGCAGAACAUCUCACACUUCUUCGGAAAAGAUGUGAAGAAGGUUCUGUUUGUUCCGUACGCUCUCCACGACAGAGAUGCCUACACCAAGACAGCCAGGGACAAGUUCACCUCCCUGGGUUAUGAGCUGAAUGGGAUCCAUGAGGCUUCAGACCCGGUCAGUGCUGUCAGGAAGGCUGAGGCCAUUUUUGUAGGAGGAGGAAACACCUUCCGGCUUUUGAAGAGUCUCUAUGACAACAAGCUUGUGACAGAGAUCAGGAGGAGAGUGCUGGAGGAUGGCGUCCCCUAUAUGGGCUCGAGCGCCGGCACCAACGUGGCGACUGUCAGCAUCAACACCACCAACGACAUGCCCAUCGUAUACCCUCCGUCCUUCUCCGCCAUCGGCCUGGUGCCCUUCAAUAUCAACCCUCACUACCUGGACCAUGACCCCAAGAGCCGCCACAUGGGCGAGACCAGAGAGCAGCGGAUCACUCAGUACCACGAAGAACCGAACACUCCAUCUGUUCUGGGUCUGAGGGAGGGCUCCAUGCUGCUGGUGGAGGGAAACACCGCCACUCUGCUGGGAACCACCAGCGCCAGGCUGUUCACCAGGGGGAAGCCUUCAGUGGAGUAUGACCCAGGAAGUGACCUCAGCUUCCUGCUGACCCAGUGACCAAUCAGAGGAAAUUGUAGUCAGAUGAUUGGUCCGAGCAAAAUAAACUUUUUAACUGAAAUCUA